UGUCAGCUGUUGAUUCCAAACGUAUUUUUGUUUACAUUUUUUCAUAAGAAAAUAAAAAGCUAACAUCCACGCCCGCAAUGUUCAAAAAGGAUAUAAGUCCUUUUACCACACUGGGCUUACGGCCCUGGUUGACCAAGCAGCUGCAAAAAUUGGGGCUUAAGACUGCUACACCUAUACAGCAAAGUUGUAUUCCUGCAAUACUUGCCGGCCGUGACUGCAUUGGAGCUGCCAAGACGGGAUCUGGUAAAACAUUCGCAUUUGCUCUGCCCAUACUCGAAAAACUGAGUGAGGAACCGACCAGUCACUUUGCAUUAAUACUAACGCCUACACAUGAACUUGCUUAUCAGAUUUCGGAACAGUUUCUGGUUGCAGGCCAGCCCAUGGGGGUGCGUGUAUGUGUCGUUUCAGGUGGAACGGAUCAAAUGAUCGAAAGCCAAAAACUUAUGCAACGCCCCCACAUUGUUGUUGCCAUGCCUGGACGCCUGGCUGACCAUCUUACUGGUUGUGAUACUUUUUCUUUCGAUAACCUCAAAUAUUUGGUGGUAGACGAGGCAGAUCGUAUGUUGAAUGGGGAUUUCGACGAAAGUUUGGCCGUAAUUGAACGUUGCCUGCCAAAAGAGAGGCAAAACCUUUUCUUCUCAGCCACAAUGAAGGACUUCAUGAAGGAAUCAAGUAUAUUUCCAAUCGCACAAGACUGUUUCGAAUGGUCGGAGGAGUCUGAGGUAGCAACAGUGGAUACACUUGAUCAACGUUACAUGCUGUGUGCCGACUACGACCGCGAUAUGGUAUUAAUUGAAGCCUUGCGAAAAUACCGCGAAGAAAAUGAAAAUUCAAAUGUCAUGAUUUUCACCAACACAAAGAAAUACUGCCAGCUUCUGUCUAUGACGCUGAAUAAUAUGGGUAUUGAGAAUGUCUGCUUGCACGGGUUUUUGCGUCAGAAGGAGCGAGUUGCCGCAUUAAACCGUUUUAAGUCGAACCAUAUUCGAACGCUCAUCGCUACUGAUGUAGCCGCACGUGGACUGGAUAUACCCAGUGUACAACUGGUAAUCAAUCAUCGCCUACCACGUACACCGAAAGAAUAUAUACACCGAGUUGGGCGCACAGCUCGUGCAGGCCGUAAAGGCAUGGCCAUUUCUAUAUUUAGAUUCCCACGGGAUUUAGAAUUGCUCGGUGAGAUUGAAGCGGAAAUAAAUACGAAACUAACCGAGCAUCCUCUUGAUCAACGCAUGGUAGAACGCAUUUUUAUGCAAGUGAAUGUGACACGCCGUGAAUCAGAAAUACAAUUGGAUAAUAACGAUUUUGAUGAACGCGCUCAAAAUUACAGGCGCAAACAGUGGAUCUUAGAGGGCAAAGAUCCCGAUGCAAUGGAAGAAGCUUUUCGAAAAAAGCAACGAGAUAAGCUACGUGAAGCUCGUCGCCAACGUAAGGAACGCCAAAAAGAAUGGGCGGAAAAGGAACAAACACUCACGCAAGAUGAGCGUUUCCGAACUGUCGAUGCUACCCGGUUUGAGAAACGUAUAAAAUCAAAACUUAUUAAAGGAAAAGAAGCAAAGGGGGAUGGUGGGAAAGCAGUGGCUGGUAAAUCAAAUAGAGGAUUGCAAUUAGCAAGUAAAUCAAAACUAAUUAAGAAAAAUAAUUUGAAUAAGAACGCAAAACAAUUAAUUUUUAAAAACAAAAACAACGCUAAUAUAAAUAAAAAGAAACAAGCGGCCUAGAAUAUCUGCAAAAUUUAAAA